ACUCUCUUUCACUAUUCCCAAAGUUGAGACCGGGGUUUAUAUUUAGCUGGACCCGGAGUAUAAAAGUCUCUGGGGACUAGGCCUCUAUGCGGCUUCACACAAGUCUUCUCCUCACGAGCAUCCAACUGUCCUAACACACACCGUCUCAAGAUGGCACCCAAGAAGGCCAAGAGGAGGACAGGAGGAGAGGGUUCCAACGUGUUCUCCAUGUUUGACCAGAAAAAGAUUCAGGAGUACAAAGAGGCUUUCACAAUCCUUGACCAGAACAAAGAUGGUAUCAUCGGCAAGGAGGACCUUAAAGAUUGCAUGUCUGGACUUGGAAACGUGAACAUUAAGGAGAGUGAAUUUGACUCCAUGAUCAAGGAGGCCCCCGGUCCAAUCAACUUCACCUGCUUCUUGCAGAUGUUCGGCGAGAGGGUGAGGGGUUCUGACCCCGAGGACGUCAUCGUGACUGCCUUCAAGGUGCUGGACCCCGAGGGCACUGGCACCGUCAAGAAGGAAUUCCUUGAGGAGCUUCUGACCACUAUGUGCGAUAGGUUCAACCAGGAUGAGAUAAAGAACAUGUGGUCCGCCUUCCCCCCAGAUGUGGCUGGCAACAUUGACUACAAGAACAUCUGCUACGUCAUCACUCACGGUGAAGGGAAGGAGGAAGGAGAAUAAGAGAAACGGAUAGAAGAACAGAAAAAUUAAGAGAUAAAAUCCGCAUCCCUCAUUGCUCUACUUUCACAAUCCUUUCUCUGUCUUCCUCCUCUCUCUCUCUCCAUGCCGCAUCCCUUCCUCUCAACCCCCUCACCUUAUUUAAUUCUUUCUUGUUUACCUGUGGGGACUCUUCCUUUCACCCUCCUCCACUCAUGUUCACCAAACGAAGGCUCCAAAGACUCUAAACUGAGAGAGCAGAGGGGACCCAUAGGGUGUCUGUUGUGUUUUGUCAGUGGGGACAAUGGAAUUAUUUUCAAUAAAACGAUCUAAUACCAGUCUCUCCAUUUCACUCCCUUUCUCUUUCCCUCUCAUUCUCUCACUUCCUUUUUCUCCCAUGUGCUUACAGUACAUUCACCCAUUCCCCUGGUUAACCAGCACCGGAAUGUGUCUGAUUGUAAGUGUAUGUGUGUGGCAAUGCACUAGCUACGCCUGUGGCAGAAUUUGUUGGAAGGCCACAACUGUUGUGAAAUUGGCCAAGGCUGGUUUGUGAUGUACGCACAAAAGCCUUCUUCAGUUGACACAUCUGAGGUCCGGGCAGUCCAUUGUUCAAAAAAUGAGAAAAAAGGAGCUUUUAAAAAAGUAAGGUCACUGAAAGUGAUUUCUGUUUUUUUUUAUUGAGGGAGAUAGACUGCCCCAAAAAGGGAAAAGAAGGAAUGAAAGAAACAUACCAUCUUUGUUCUCAUCUUUUCCCUUCUUCCUUCUGUGUCUUUUUCUAAAUACCAUCUCCCUCUUCUUUGCUUUCUACAUCUUGGUGCCUUUGUCAGAAAAAACACCUCUGUAAGUAAUAAAACCAGGAAAACUGUG